CCGACGCAGCGCAUGCGUUUCUACAUAUCGCGUUAUAUCACCUCCCGCCGAACACAUUCUAUUUAUUUUUUUCCGCCACACAGAUUUUGUUUUAACAUAUAAUGAUAAUCUGCAUUUGAAAGGACAGUUGUAACGAUUUAAAAAGUGUUGUUUACUUUGUUUUGCUCCAGGCGAUCUAUUCUCUUACGAGAGAACACAAAGGAUUGCGAUGGUUACGUGAAAUGGUGGGAAUGCGUUGGGCGUCGUGGUUGCACCUACUAGUGGUGCUGCAAGUGCAGAUGCAGGCGUUAGCGGAACGCGCCGUACCUACCGCUUGCGACGAGGAUGUGUGCCGCUGCGACUCGUUCACUAGACUGAUAUGUCACUGUUCUGAACACGUUAAGGAAAUGACACUGAGGCCUGAAGGAUCGUAUCGAGUACCCUCCACGGCUACAGCUAUUAUUAUAGAAAAUUGUGAACGGGUAAUAUUUCUAACGGAAACAGCACGUAAGCUAACUCAAUUGAGAUCAGUGCAAUUGAGGAAUAUUAGCAACGUGGUCAUUAGUGAGCGCGCCCUCGCUUGGUCGCCAUUCUCCAUCGACAACGAGAUGAAUCCAGGAUUAAGAAUAGAAAUCAGUAAUAGUACGGUUUAUGAAAUAUCUUCUCACGCGAUUCAAGGGCGCGUGAACGAUAUACUAAUCAGCGACAGCAAUAUACUCAGCCUGCGCCCCUUCGCCUUUUCUAGUCUCACUGGAGUUAAAAAUAUUCAUCUUACCAAUAACAUAUACCACAAUGUAGAAAUACAAGCGUUCAAGAAAUUCACAACAUCAAAUUUCUUACUGCGCGGAGGUACCGCCAGAACUUUACCCAGCCGAUUUUUAUCAGACGUGGAAGUUACUAAUUUUUUUAGAAUUGAAGGAGUGACGAUCGAUCUAUUGUCGAGUUUAACGUUUCUUGUCAGUUUACCAAAGAGAGUAUUAAUAGAAAAUAAUAUAAUACAUACAUUAAAUGCAGACAGUUUUCAUAUAAGUACGAGGGGACCUGUUACAAUUAGAAACAAUAGUGUCACAACGAUUGGAAAAGGUGCAUUUCUUGGUUUUACAGUAGAUAGAGAAAUAAUAGCUGCAAUGGGUCGCCAGGAACUUUUGAUAGACAACAAUACUAUGACCACGAUAACGCCUGCCUCGCUUGCAUACAAUCAGUCGACGCUAACACUUCGUAUCGAUGGUUUAAACCUGAACGAGACAUGUACAUGCGAAUUAGCAGAAGUGUGGCGUGAAAUGUUAAAUGCGCAAGGAGCAAUCAUCAAUUGCUGGUACGAAUUGGAAGGGCACUACAUUUCCAUCCCGACGUUCAUCGACAGUCGGUGUGGUGCUUUUAAGCAAACGUUUUGGAUUUUUGUAGUAGUGGGUAUUGUGCUCGUGAUAGUGAUAGCUGGAAUUGUGAUAUUUUUUAUUGUGAAAAGGGAAAAUGAAAAGAAGAAAAAGAUACAAAUAGUGAUGCCAGAUGGGAAGACUUACAGAGAGACUGAAUUCCACGUAGUUCUAGAAAGAGCUGAGCUUCUCACGACUAAUUUAUGAACAUUCAACGCGAAUUCUCAAAAAUUGGUGGAUCUGGAAGCACCGAUAUUGACAAUGUCGAAUCAGUCAUAUAGGCCGAAUGGUCCUGCAUUUUUAGGGAAAAUUUUGCGGGGACAAUAUUGUGAAUCGCUACCUCAAUUCGGGAUGUGAAGAGUAAAAUGUGCCAAGUAUAUUUUUAUGUCUAUCAGUAUUAUGCUAAAUGUUUAGUUAUGAUACGUUAUUCCAUUGUUUCUAUUUAAAUUACUGAUUAAAUUAUAAUGAUAAAUAA